UCUGGGGAAUGUGGUUCGCUGUGGCCCAGAGGCGCGAGGGCCGGCGGAGUUUCUUCAGAGGAACUACCGCCCUGGGAGGAAGCGUCCGUUUAGUUUCAACAUAGACCAGUGGGCUUGGGAGCCUACGAGGUUGCAGUCUGGAGGGCUCCAACAGCAGCUGCCAGGGCUGCUUUUCCUGAACACGCUGCAAGCACGUCAAGGUGGUCGGAGUCCCCUAACAAUGGAUAAAUUCGUCAUUCGAACGCCUAGAAUCCAGAAUAGCCCUCAGAAGAAAGAUUCUGGAGGAAAGGUUUACAAGCAGGCCACGAUUGAAUCUCUGAAGAGAGUUGUGGUUGUAGAAGACAUAAAAAGAUGGAAAACUAUGCUGGAGCUUCCUGAUCAAACAAAAGAGAAUCUUGUUGAAGCCUUACAAGAAUUAAAGAAGAAAAUACCCUCCAGGGAAGUGUUAAAAUCAACAAGGAUAGGUCACACUGUGAACAAGAUGUGUAAACACUCAGAUUCAGAAGUGGCUUCUCUUGCCAGAGAAGUUUACACUGAGUGGAAAACUUUCAUUGAAAGACAUUCAAAUAGACCUUCUAUUGAAGUUAGAAGUGAUCCCAAAACCGAGUCGUUCAGGAAAAAUGCUCAGAAAUUACUCUCAGAAGCCUUGGAAUUAAAGGAUUCAGUCCGGGAUCCCAGGCUGCACUCAGUCAUCCUGUCUAUCCUGUCUCCUCUGUUCUGUGACAGUUUCUCAGGCUUCCCUUGUUUCCCAUGACCUUGACAGUCUUGAGCAGUACUGGCCAGGCAUCUCGUAGACUGUCCCUUCAGGGUUUUGGGGAAGAACACCACUGAGAUGAAGCGCCCGUCUCAUCACUUCACACCAGGGGGCACAUGGCUUCCACAGGACUAUUGGCUGGUGAUGCUAGCCUUGAGUUCUUGGUUACGUUAGCAUUUGCCACAUUUUCCCACUAUGAAGUUGUCAUUUUUCCCUUUCCAUAUUUUUUUUUUUGGAGGCAAGUCACCAAAUCUAAACUUCACUCACAGGUUAGGGGGCUGGGGGUGGAUUAAACUCCACCUCCUGGAGAGUGGAGUAUCUACCUAUAUAAUUUGGAAGUCUUCUUUCAGGAAGAUUUGUCCCUUCUCUGCCACUUAAUUUUUGUGAUUAUUUAUUAAUAUAUCAAUAUAGACUCAUAUUUAUUUUAUGCAUUGGGCUGUAAUCGGAUUUUUUUCAUAGUGAACAUAAAUUCAUAUAAUGUAUUUUUUAUUGCAGAAAACAUACAAAAACCACGUUGUAUGAGAAACAAGCUCUUAUGAUUGGCAAGGAUUUUUCCUCCACAGCUUUUCAUGUCUGCCUUUGAGUAGGAUAAUUGUUAGCUUAUUGCUGUUCAAUCGUAGACAUGUUAUUUCAACUCUCCAGACCUCCAUUUCCCCAUCUAAGUAAGAGAAUAGUUUGUGAAAUGGUCUCACAGGUGAAGAAGGGGAUGGUGUUUGUAUGUUUGUAAGUUUCCACAUAUUUUGUUGCCGAUUAAUAGACCCUUAGUCCUUAAUGGUUAUCUUCUUUUAUUUAUGUUGGAAAAUGAACUCAGAGCUAAUAGCCCUUGAGAACAUCCUGUAAACAUAAUCAAUAUUUAUAUCCCCCAUUACAACCCCAAAGGGUUCGCCUUCCUUGCGCUUUCACCCUUCUAAGUGGGAUUACGUUUUCCUUUUAUUCCUCAGCUUUUUCUCCAGCGGCUGAAGGCUAACCUGAGGCCUUGCAUUCCCAGUCCCGCUGACUUCUUUGGCCUCAUUCUUGUGCCUCUCAUCUAGCUAUGUACAGCCACACGAAUGUCCUCAUUUAUCACCCUGCAUCAUCCUCAAAUUCGUAUGUUGAAGUCCUCACCCCCAGUACCCCAGAAUGUGACUGUAUUUGGAGAUAGGGCCUUUACAGAGGUAAUUAAGGUAACAUGAGAUCAUAUGGGUGAGCCCUAAUCCAGUAUGACUGGUGUCCUUGUAAGAAGAGAUUAGGAUGCAGACAGCACACAGACCAUGUGAGGACACAGCAAGAAUGUGGCCAUCUACAAGCCAAGGAGAGAGGCCUCAGAAGAAACCAAACCCACUGACACCUUGAUCUUGGACACCUAGUCUCCAGAACUGUGACAAAAUAAAUCUGUUGUUUAAGCCAUCCAGUCUGUGGUACUUUGUUAUGGCAGCCCUAGUAGAAGCUAAUACACACGACCAUGAAUGAAAAUGCUUCCUGAGCUGGGCGCGGUGGCUCACGCC